AUGGAAGUUAGAGUAAGAAAGUCAACCUCCUCACAAGGGAUGGUCAAACCCAUGUCAUGGUCGAACCCAAAUUCCUCCUCGGCCCGUCUGAGAAGGCCCUGGAAUUCCGGCCGGCCCAAGAACGAGAUGGGUACAAUGUACCGGGCUCGAUUUUGGCCCACAUACACCGCAAAAUGCCCUUUUGGCACGUCUAACGGGAGCCCAUCUUCACCGUACCCAUUUUUCUUGCCCAAACUCGAACAUCUUCUCACGAUAAAAAUAGGUUCAUGUGGGGUGUGGGAAGUUGGGGACAGGCCACGAGUUAUUGGGCUGUGUGUUAGUGAGAAAGGACAACGUGGGGUCCAGGCCCAUUUGUGUGUUGACCCUCUAAUUGACAGUUUGGGGCCUUCCUAA